AUGUCAACGAUGUGGACUUAUCAACUAAAAGAUAUUGCGAUGAAAUCGAAUCUACUCCUUUUUAUGAAGUUUUCUUCAAAAAUCUUCAGUCAACAAAACCUACGUUUUCAAAAUUUUUGCGUCCAGAAAAUUACUACUUUGGAAGAUGUGAAUUCGGAAAAUUUUCCAUCAUCGUUAAUAUCAGCGAUUAAAGAUGUAGGAUUGGAAAAAGAACUCAGAAAUGAUAUUUAUCAUUGGAUGAAAGAACGCAACUUUCAAGAAAAUGGAGUCAGUUGUUGGAUCGAGAAAGAACCCAUGGAUUAUUUGCGAAAAUCUCAAAUGCAAUGGGAAAAAAGAAUAUACAAGUCGUUGAAUUCGAUGUGCACCGAAUUGAAUGUCUCUUUAUCUGUAUUUCGAUUGGCCUCAGAUCGAGAUGAAAUCAUGGAAAAGUGGAAUAUGCUCAGCACUUAUAAUAUCGAUUUGAGUCAAUAUCGACCCGUCUACGCUCCAAAGGAUUUCCUUGAAGUGCUUUUGAAUGUACAAAAUCCGAAUCAAGAAUCAUCUGCGUACAGCUGUGAGUGGGACUUUUCUCAAAUUUCAUUCAAAGUAAAAUCAUUUGACGAACUGAAAGAAAUGUACGCUGAUCUAACCGAGAAUAAACCUUUGCUUGGAGCCUGUGCCACUUCGUCUCAAUUUUUUCAAACACUAGAAAAUGAACGAAUCGCGAUGGGCAAUACAGUUCUGGAAUACAAUUACUCCACUGCAGUCCAAGAAUAUUUGAAACGUUUGGCACCUCAUAGUCUUCGAGGUAAAUUAUGGGCCAAGGUUUUGGGAUCAGAAAUAUUACCCUGGCACAAAGAAUAUUUCAAGAAUUUGAAACAACUCGUAGGUCAAUACGAGAUGAUGGUCGAUAAGCUCAUUUUCAAGGAUAUUCAACUAACCGUUUGCAAUGAUGAUCAAUAUUUCGUAUUCGAAGACUUACUUUACCAAGUAAUGCUAUGCUUUUCGAGGGAUACCUUCGCAUCAAAUUUAUUUCGAUGCAACGGUUCCAAUCCCAUCAUUGGAAUCCUAAAAGGGAAAUCUAAUACCAUAAGCAACGCAGUAAUUUAUCCUCCAAACGGCGUGAUACCUUUCCAUGGAUUCUCAAUGUAUGCUGCUCCUUUAUGUUACAUUUACAACGAUGCAGUACAACUUUACUUCACUGUGAGAUCAUUCUAUAUGAGAUUUUGGUUCAGAUUACACGAGGUGAAUUCGCAUUCUCAAAGCAUGCUUUCCUUGUGCUGUUUGUUUCAACAUCUACUCGAGUUUCAUGAGCCUACAUUAUGUGCUCAUUUUGCCUCCAUUAAUAUUCAACCCAUCAAAGUAGUAUUCAAAUGGCUAAUGAGGUGCUUUAGUGGACAUUUGCCACCCGAACAGCUUCUCUACCUUUGGGACAUAAUUUUAGGAUACGAUUCUUUGGAGGUGAUUCCUCUGCUGGCUGUUUCCAUUUUGAGUUUCCGAAAAGAAAACCUUUUGCAAGUGGAUACUCUACCGAAUGUCGAGGCGAUUUUGGCAGAUCUAUCAUCAAUUCAUGUAAUUCCUUUACUACAGCUGGUUUUGCUGGCGGAAUAAAAACGAAAUUUAGCAUUAAA